CGCGGCGCCCGGCGGCGGAGGGGCGCGUCCGGCCCGCGGCCCAGCGGGGCCCAGCGGAGGAGCGGCGGCGCGGCGCCCGCCGGUGGGGCGUGGGGAGGCCGCGCGGCCGGAGCGGAGCAAGCAAAAGGCAUUGUGGACAGCAGAAACUCCAUUCAGUCCUUAGAGCUGGACAAGCUCAACUUACAGUUAGUUUGGAAGUUCUGGUCUUUUAAUGUGGCAGAUCUUUUAAAAUGUUGCAACAGCAAAAUCGAUGUGUGUAACGAAGUAAGUACAGAGGAGAAUACGUCUAGAGAUAUUCCGAUCUCUCCAUCUGCCUUGUAAGCACAGGCAGUACAAAAUUCUUCAAAGUCAUUCACGCCCAUAAGUGAAUUCCCCAGGCAACCUAUUAUAUUUCCUCAAAGUAUUUGCCAAAAUAUAUUUUUUAAGAAACGCCUGUUGCUCUCUUUUUGUUAAGAAAGUGAGUAGUUAAUGUAAUGACCAUUCAUUUUGCUCAGAAAACCUCAAACCUGAACAGAGCUGUUUCUGAACUUCAACCGUACUUUGAAAAGGACUUAAGUUACCUUCGCUGAGAUUUACACCAGCUACUCCAUUUCUCAACAACAAAAAAAGACAUCGGUCCGGUUUGAUUUUAGUACAAUUGACUAGGUUAUUGCCUGCUUUGGUAUAACAUAGUAUAAUUUAGAGUGAUGUUAGAAAGUGUCCACCUCUCUCAGUUAUCAAUCAGUUACUGUCCCCAGAGAAGCUGUCAUCUUUGAAAAUACAGGUUCUUAUUUUGCACUGAAAUGUAUGCAAUUUUCUGUUCACAUUAGGCUGUUCCAGCCAUCUCUAGUUACAGUGACAAAAUUAUUUGCUGUUGACUCUGAGUUAAGGUUCAGUCUAAUAGUUUUGGUUUGAGCUGGGGCAGAAGUGAGGGGUGUUCCCAAAUGAGUGCUGACAAAGCUCAGGUUUGGCUUUUUUGUUUUGGUUUGGGGUUUUUCGGUUGUUGGUUGUUGUUUUUUUUUUUUUACUGGCUUUUACAGGUGACAGUAAUGGCCUUCUUGCCUGAUAUUUGGACAACUAGGCUUUUGCUAACAGAAUUAAUACACAUUUUCAGGAAGUAAACAGAAAAAUAUGGACUCAACGUUACUAAGAAACUGUCAAAUAUGUUGAAAAUGCUAAGAAGAAAGCACCCUUUAGCUAAAGAGUAAAGGCUAAAAACUGUCUUCAAGAAAAAGCAAAAAGCUUUUCUGUUUGACUUUCAGUGAUGAACGGAUUGAGUUUUGAGGGUUUUGUUGAGCUUUGCAGUUGUAGAAACUAAAACGUGCUUUACUCUGACUCAAGAGGAACGUCAGUCUCCUAAGUUCUUUGGACUUCAAGAUGAUGAACCUUUCAAUAAUAGUUUCACACAUGUAUCUUACAUGUAGUUACCUUUUAGAUGUCAGUAAGCGCUAUAUUGGAUAUUGAAUAGAUUGCAUCCAGAAUUACUUGGUUGAAAUCAUUAGCAUACUUUAACAGCAAUUUUUUUUUUUUUUUUUUUCCCAGCUCUCAGGUAAAGUUUGUUGAAGGCAGCAAUGGAACGAUUUGGAGUGAAGUCCGCUCCAUCACGUAACCGCUCGAAGACUGCUUUGUAUGUAACUCCUCAGGAUCGUGUAACUGAGUUUGGCAGUGAGCUGCACGAAGAUGGAGGAAAACUCUUCUGUACUUCCUGCAAUGUGGUUCUGAAUCACGUUCGCAAGUCUGCGAUCAAUGACCACCUCAAGUCUAAAACACACACAAAGCGAAAGGCAGAGUUUGAAGAACAGAAUGUCAGGAAGAAGCAAAGGACUCUGACUGCCUCCCUUCAGUGCAACAGUACUGCCCAGACAGAGAAAACCAGUGUCAUCCAGGACUUUGUGAAAAUGUGCCUGGAAGCUAAUAUUCCACUUGAGAAGGCUGAUCAUCCAUCUGUCCGAGCCUUCCUGUCCCGCUACGUCAAGAACGGCAGUUCGAUACCUAAGUCAGACCAGCUAAGGAAAGCAUACCUGCCUGACGGGUAUGACAAUGAGAACCAACUCAUCAAUACUGAAGACCGUUGAGAAGAAAACUGUUUUCAUCAUCGUUGUGAAGUUUUACAUAUUGAUGGUGUGGUUUAUUUUUAUAUUCAUGCAUAUAUACAGUGUUACAUAUUGGUUUUACAAGCUAUUUUGUAUUAUUGUAGAAAUGACAAUCUAUUUGUGAACUUAGUGGUAUGCCGCAGACUGUUGCUAACCCUGCUGUAGACUUCAGAGCUACAUUGAUGUAGAACUCACGAUGAAUGUAGGGAACAUACCUGGCAUACACCUUAUCUGUGUUCAGUCCAGCUGUAACUGGCGCUAAGAAAAAGGCACUUGGAUGGAGCACCUCACUUACCUAAACUGUGCAUCUAAAUAUACGAGGAAGAUGAUGCGAUAGGGAUUGUUAAUCAUGUCAGUGGAUUGCUUUGUCCAGUAUCCUGUCCAUGAGUGACCAAGAAGAAGUGCUGCACAUUUGAAAUGCAAGAAGCUGUAGAAUGGUUAGUUAAAAUAUAACUGCUCUGUUGGGGGAGGAUUAUUGCAAAUUCCUAUUCAAGUUCGGUUUACGUUCAAAAACAGGAAACAUUUUUCUUCUAGAAUACUCUCUUACCCUAUUUGGUGCAACUGUGGAUGUAUUCAUUAUCUAGCUUAAAUAGCCAGUCUCUUGUAUUGACCUCUGAACUCCACUAUUCUCAUAAAGCUAAGAGUUCUGCAGGUUUACCGUGCCCGCUUUCUUAAAAUCACUGUUUCAUCGUCUCGGUUUAAUGUGUCCCCUUCAGUUUCAGUGCCAAUCUUUGAAAGUUGAGUAGACAAACCAGUAACUGAGUGUGGUUUGCAGUGCAGCUGCUGGCAAGUGAAACUUAUACUGGACCAAGAUCUUAGUAGAGAUGAUUAAUACCUUUCUCUUACUAGCAGGACAAAGGAUGCUAAAUCUGAGUUGGGGGUGGGGGAGGAAAUAAACUGUGGAGUUGAGAAAGCUUUUUUACAGUGCACAGGAGAAGAGGCUCCUCCAUCUUUCCCUGAAGGUCCUCUACAUCUCUGGCCUUGUCCUCAGCCUUUUAGUCAAAGGAGGUAAAGUGAUUAAAACAUUUUUCAAAAUAGUUACUGCAGUGGCUGUUCAAUACCUGUAAGCGCAAAUAGGAAAGCUUGUAUACUUUGAAGCUCUACUGGAAUUACAGACCUGGGCUGUAUUUCUUACUCUGUGCCAAGGCCACAUCUAUUGGACUGGCACAAAGUAAAAUGGGAAAUUGAAGAAUUUCAAUAAUGUUACCCUCUCCCAAAUCUAGUAAACUAUUACUGAGCUAUUCCAAAUUAUUAUGCCAAAUAGUCUGCUCGGUGUAAGUGCUCUAUAAAGUUUUUGAAUGGAAUGAGGGAGCACUGUGCAAAGUGUUGGAAUACGACCAACUCCUGCCUGCUCUAGAUUUCCUUGAGAUGCUCUGGGUUCAGGGAUGUGCUAAGCAUCUUCUAGCAGCACAGAAAUCCUCUGCUCAGUGGAUACAAUGGUGUAAGCAUGCUUUAACUCCCUCAGGUGGAGCCAGUUGUUCUGUCCAGCUUCCUUUUCCCGGUAGAGUUUCACGAUCUGUUUCUCAGUAUUUCUUUUAUUCCAGAUAUUUACAGCAAUACUAAGUAAUUGCUAAAAAGAGACAAAAUAACCUGCUUAUUUAGUUUCUGUAGCUAUUUCCCUAGCUAUUUCUAGAGCAGUCUCUUUUGCUGGAUUGAGAGAGACUUACAUACCUAGUAACAACUGGUUUUUGUGCAAUUAGCUUCUACAGAAAUGCACUUGUGUUACAUUAUAACCAUGUCUUGAAGCCUUCUGCUAUGAGACCUGUUUGAGUAAAGGGACAGAACUAAAAAGCAGAAGGCUGCCUAUCCACGUGUACUCAGUACACUGCUGCACCUUUGGUCCCUGUUGAAGCUAGCGGGACUCCAUGCAGUCAUAGCAAUCCUGUCAAUGAUACUGGUUGCUGGUUUAGAACUUCAGACAGAAAUAACAGUAGUAAUUUUUUACUCUAAUCUUAGAUAUCAAAAUAUGCCUUCCAAAAUAUCAUUUGCUAUUGCACAAGCUUGGGUUUAGCUUAACAUCAUGAACUGCCUUGAGCUAGAACUGUUUUAUAAAUCUUCUUAAGCCAAGUGAAAGGUACACUGCCAAUAGCCUUUUCUGUCCUGAUAAUAAUUGAAAAUGUUCUUUUACAGCUGCUGUUUCAUUACAGUGAAACAACAUCCUUGCUUUAAUUUUUUUUUUACCUUAUGAAUGUUAUCUUAGAAUUGAAGCAAAUAGAAAACAAUGGAGUAUUGAGAAAACAGGCUUCCAUUAAAUGAAAGCAUCUAGGAAAGACCGUAUGAUUAAAAGGUAUGAAUUUGGGCUAGUUAGCUCAGUUCCUGCUAACAUGGAAUUUCACUGGCUGCACCCCAUAAACAUUUUAUAUAGGACUCAAUGCUGUAUGUUUUUCCCUUGACUGGCAAACUGACAGACAUUUUAAUGGUAACAUUAAAUAGGCUCUUGUACAAAUGAAAAAAAAAAUCAAGUUACUUUCACUUGUACAGUUUUACAUAAAAGUUAGCAACAUCAACAGCUUUUGUUAAAAAAGAAAACGAGUAAUUUUCAGUAAGGCAAAGCAAUAUUGGAACACUUAGUUUCUCAAAAGCUUACUCUACUUAUAAAGCAGUCUGUGUACUAUUUUCAGUAAUUAUUCUAGUACCAAUUUAUUUUUUAUGCAGAAUUACUGCAGAGGGUAUGAGCCUGGUGAGGAACUUUUUCAGCGUAGCCAUAGGCUACCAACUCAGAACAAUUUGGAAGCAAAAAUUGGUUAUCAGGAUUUUGAAUGGAACUGACUUAAUUCCAAUGCACAGCAAUCUGUAGGACACUGGUGUCUUAAUAAUAGGAUGUUUUUGUUAAAAAAAAAAACAAAC